GCCACCUCGUCCUUUCGGUCUCGGCGGCGCAGGGCUGAGCAGCCACGCUUCCUCCUCCGCUCGCCUCCGCCGCGUUCCCUGUGCACCCGUCGCCGCAGCCAUGACGGAGCAGGCCAUCUCCUUCGCCAAGGACUUCCUGGCGGGCGGCAUCGCCGCCGCCAUCUCCAAGACCGCCGUGGCGCCCAUCGAGCGGGUCAAGCUGCUGCUGCAGGUCCAGCACGCCAGCAAGCAGAUCUCAGCCGACAAGCAGUACAAGGGCAUCGUCGACUGCAUCGUCCGCAUCCCGAAGGAACAGGGCAUGCUGUCCUUCUGGCGGGGCAACCUGGCCAACGUCAUCCGCUACUUCCCGACCCAGGCCCUCAACUUCGCCUUCAAGGACAAGUACAAGCAGGUGUUCCUGGGCGGCGUGGACAAGCACACGCAGUUCUGGCGCUACUUCGCGGGCAACCUGGCCUCGGGCGGCGCAGCCGGCGCCACCUCGCUCUGCUUCGUCUACCCGCUGGACUUCGCCCGCACCCGCCUGGCCGCCGACGUGGGCAAGUCGGGCACCGAGCGCGAGUUCAAGGGCCUGGGCGACUGCCUGGUGAAGAUCAGCAAGUCGGACGGCGUGCGGGGCCUCUACCAGGGCUUCGCAGUCUCCGUGCAGGGCAUCAUCAUCUACAGGGCCGCCUACUUCGGGGUGUACGACACGGCCAAAGGCAUGCUCCCGGACCCCAAGAACACCCACAUCGUGGUGAGCUGGAUGAUCGCGCAGACGGUGACGGCCGUGGCCGGCGUAGUGUCCUACCCCUUCGACACCGUGCGGCGGAGAAUGAUGAUGCAGUCGGGGCGCAAAGGAGCCGACAUCAUGUACACCGGAACCCUGGACUGCUGGAGCAAGAUCCUGAAGGACGAGGGCGGCAAGGCCUUCUUCAAGGGCGCCUGGUCCAACGUGCUGCGCGGCAUGGGGGGCGCCUUCGUCCUGGUCCUCUACGACGAGCUCAAGAAGGUCCUCUAGGCCGCCAGGCGACGCUUGUCCCGUCCCCCCCCACUCGCCCCUGACG